AUGGCUUUCCUCCAGGUCUCGGCCACCUUUUACGGGGUACCUGCGCAAAAGCCCACUGCUGCUGGAAUCCCAAUCCUCUGGUUGAGUACCGACUCCUUGCUGACGUCAAAACCGAAGGAGCACAGGCAACAGCGCUUCCCUUCAAGACCCUUGGAGCUUGCUGAUUCUGUGAAUCCCAAUGAACCAGUUGUGGCCCUCUCUUGCGGCCCUCUUCCCUUCUGCAAUCCCACCCCCAUGCGAACCCUCGACCUCAUGCUGGUCAUCCCCCCCUUCGUGUGUGUCCCACCGUCAUUUGCUCUAUUGUGCUGUUCUCGCGAUUGA